AUGACGAAGAAAUUAUUAAUUCGUGUUUUGUCUUAUUUAAGGGAUAACGACAAAAAUAACAAGGAGAACGUUGACGAAGAAGAAGUAACAUUGAAGGAGGAAUGUUUGAACAUGGCUGAAAAUCUUGUAGUAUGUAGAGGCUGCCUCGCAACUAAUACUAAACUGUACGAGUUACAUGAAAACAAUCUAAAAGAUUUGUUUAGAGAGGUCGUCGGAAGCCCGGUUGAAUAUAUCAAUGAAUCCGCAGACGAGAAACCGUUUGUCAAACUUGUGUUCUUUGAAGAAUCACCCAAAGAUGGGAUCGAAUUGGAUGACGUUUGCAACGAGUACAUAGUUGAGACCGAAGAUGUUGUCACCAGCGAGACGGACUUGAUCACAACAACAAAAUUAGAUGAACCAGACAAAGUUGACAAACCACCCAAGAACUCCUGGUGCAUAUACUGUGGGGAAUCAUUUUUGAACGACGUCGGACUUAGAAAUCACAAGCGGAAGGCUCAUUUUGAUCUGCCAACGACUCAGUUUUCUUGCGAUUCGUGUGACAUUUCUUUUUUAAACGCUGAAGCUUUACAGUUACAUGUGGACAACAUCUGUUUCAAUUCUGCCAACUGUUGUGUGCAUUGUGGUGAUAGUUUUGAAAGUGAAAUGUAUCUGAAAUUCCAUAUACUCCAAAUGCAUAGGAAAGUUAACAGGAACAUGAUGAAAUGUGACACUUGUUACGCUGAGUUUGAUACUACUAAAGCUCUCAGUACACAUUUGAGUUUGACAAACGGUGAUUGUAGAGGUUUGAGCUCGUGCCUGCAAUGUGGGGAGAGCUUUAUGACAACUAGUUUGAUGAAGAAACAUGUCGCAGACAGUCAUCUGAACGUUUAUGACUGUCAGAAGUGCGAGGAGAGUUUCCCCACGAUAUACACGUACGGCAAACACUUCGAGGCGGCUCACAUGGUGGACAAGAACCGGCGCCCGAGCCGCCUCACGGGGCCCAAGAAGUGGGGCGUCGUGUCCGUGGCCGGGGCCAGGGUUAUUGCGGGCGGGGACGCGGCCACCGCCGAUACCGUGGCCGUCUGCGAGUACUGCGGCCAGAUAUGUACCGUGAGUGUUUAG